AUGACUGUGCAAGUCUGGUCUGUCACGCUCGGCGACCCCAAGCCUUCGUCUCAAGUGGCUGUCUCUCCAGACAUCCCUCACCCCCCAGCCUCUCGCCGGUCUCUCUCGCCCUUGGCUUUGCUAGCGCGUGACGCGCUUACCAUCCUCCGCAAUGCGAGCUACAUCCCUCUCAUCCUCUGGCCAAUUUCUCUCAAAGGGAAAGGGGCUGAUAUCACCAACAAGGGCAAGAUCUUGCAGGUAGUGAUGUUUGUGUCGUCUAUCGUCUUGACAGGAGGGGCGGUGGGGGCCUUCGUGGCUGGCGUGCCCUCUCCUAUCAUGGUCGUUGCCUCGAUUGCGGGGUUCAUCAAGAUCAACAAUGUGCUCCAAGGCGGUACGAGGAUUGAUCCACCCGAGCAACACUACCAGCGCAACAAGUACCCUGAGGAGAGCUGGCUCUUUGUCAACGGUAUUGCAACCUCCACCUCCGGCCUCAAACUCAUCCAAGAGCGUCUUUUCAACUUGUUCGGCCGACCUGUGAUUGGGAUUCACAACAGGACCUACGGCAUCUGGUUUGACUUGGUGGAGUGUAUGGUACAAAGGGACUUGUUGUGGGAGACGACUGAUAUCCGGGACGGUUACAAUGUAUUGACCAAGGAGUUGGAAAAGCCGGAGAAGAAGAAGGUCGUCCUUAUCGCCCAUUCCCAAGGCGGUAUCAUAACCUCCGCGUGGGUUGACCGACUUGUCUCUCAAUACUCUCCCGAAACCCUUUCCAAACUGGAGAUAUACACUUUCGCGUCCGCUGCCAAUCAUUUCUCCGUCCCUGUCCUCGAACCCCAGCCCUUCGCGCCCAUCUCCACUUCGUCAGGUGGUUCUUCGACAAAAGUGGUAGGCGGCAGAGACAAGACGGGGUCAGUGUUCAAGCACGUGGAACAUUUCGGUAACACAGGUGAUUUUGUGUCGAGGAUCGGUGUCUUGGGAUUUGCGCCCCAUCCCAAGCAAGCUGUUCUCGAAGAAGGAGAAGAGGAAGGAGAGAUAUCGGAGCUGCGAGGUAUCUUUGCUGGUAUGAUCUUUGAGCGCCACAACACCACAGGUCAUCUCCUCUUGAGCCACUAG